UCGCACUGAAGCAAACAUGAAUUUUCGAUUUCCGCUUGCCGCCAAAACAUUAUGGAUUUUCUCAUUUCUCAUCUGGUAAUCAAUCUCAAUUUCUUACUUUUCGCAGUUUUCGCGCAAACUAGUCAGUCUUUAUUUUUAGUUGAGAAAAGAAAUUGACAAUUUGACAGAUUUAUUCCACACAAGUAUUGUUUUCUGCACAAAUAACAUAUUCUGGCAGUUUUAUUCGGAUCGGCUUUCAGUUUCAAUCAUAUGUGAAGAAAUCGUUCGAAAUGGCUGAUUCUGACAUCGAAAUACCCGAAGAUAUCUCGGAACUUAUUGACGACUGCGAUAAAAAUUGUAUUGAGGCAGAGAAUUUAGCAUUGGACACCGUACGUUCGAUAGAAAUUCCUAUUUGCGGUGCUUUACGAGAUAUCAGGUCUCAAAGAUGUUAUUACGUUUUGUGUCGUAUACGUGACUGGUUCGGAUCUACUCCUACAAAAGAGCAUUACUUGUGUCUGAUGAUGGUCACCGAUUAUGUCAGUUGUGCCUAUAACAAUACCGAUUUCUACGGUACGUUUAUCGCUGAAAAGAAAGACAGAUUUUACGAAUCAUUUUUCGUCAAAUUAUCGAGCGAGUGGAAAGCUAUGUUUCACAAGAUGCCGUUUUCUGUGCUCCCUACAUUAGACAAGUUGAAUAUGUUGAAGAAUAGUUUACGUAUAUCGAUGGCUCGUUUCCCGAGAAAAUUCACAUUCAGAGGAUUAUUCACUGAGAUUAUGAAUUCUUGCAACGAUUACGGUACCAAAUUGGAAGAACAUUUAUCUAGUUUGAAAGCGAUGAAAGUGGACGUUUUGAGUAAUUUGCCUGCUCUAUCGACGCAAGACUGCAAGACAGUAGUUCGUAUCAGCAGCGAUUCAAAAUCUACGUCCAUUUCCGUUCCAUUCAAAAUAAACAGUAAACCAACUACACCUAAUGGUAUUCGUAAUCUUACUACGCAAAUUCCACUGAUCAAAAGUCCAGCUACACCGAACGCUAUCCGUAAUCUUACACAAAUUCCACUCACCAAAUGUAACUCGUCGCCUAUAUCUAGAGUCAUCCACGAGCCGAAAAAAAUCACUUUCAUUUUACCGAAAGAAACCAUACAACCUGGUGUUGUUACAAUUUCGGACUCUCCGGUAAAGGCUGCUGAUGCAAGAUCAUCAACAUUGAAUGAUAUAAUCAAUGUCAUGCCUUCGAAAGCCUGUAAAAGACCAGCUGAAUCUUGUGUAAUUCUCAAGCCACCUAACUCUGAUGACAAAAUAAUGAAGUUACAAAAGGACAUUGCUGUUUCCAAUAAUGGCAUAAAUAAUUCGUUACUAAGGAAAUUGAACGCCUUCGAUAUUUUAAUGCGUAAAAAGGUCGUCAAAUCUAUUUCAUAACUAUUUUACUCUUCCAAAGAUAUACUUAAUCGAUUUAAAAAUUAGUCGUAUUUUAAAUUUUUGAAUAAGUAAUGGUUUUUAAGUUCCAUUUUUUUUUACGUGAGUUACUCGUUUUCCUAAUCGUAAAAUAUUGUUGUAUUCUAAGCUUUUGUAUUAUCGUUCUUUAGUAAAAAAAAAUUAUCGUUUUGAUUGUA